UUUUUUUGUGGAUGUGAGAGCAGGCACCAAACGGUUCAUAAGCCCUGGCGGCAGAGUGUUUUGAAAUAUGUCGAUAUGAUUGGCUGUUUACAUCCUGGGAUGAGACGUCACCGCCGCAUUACCACCGAGAAGACACAGUAGUGCGCAUCUAGGUGCCUAAUCUCCCAAAUGAAGUAUUUGCACAAGAAAUGAUUAUCAUAUCAGAACUCACUGAUGAAAAUACAGUAAGAAAAUAACUGAAACAAAUAACUCAUCCCCGGGUCAUUCGUCAAUACUGUAUUAACCAAAAUUACCAAAAUCGAACAGCUCCUGGUUCGAUAUGUUUACAGCUACACAACAAUCGACUCGCGGUGAAAUAAAUGUCAAAUGCCACCAGAGUCACGUUUACAUAUCAUUCUUACGUUUUUCACUGUAAAAUAGUGUUAGUAGGAAUUUAGCCCACCAAGACAAAAUAUCCAGUGGCUUUUUCUUUUGUGUAUAAGUGACAUAGUCUGCAAAUGCUUUCUUGUAACUUCAAAUUUGUCGCUGAAAAUACAGGUACAGUAGUUGGUAAUUUAUGAGGAAACCGCUACCAUGAGAAAACGUUUAUGGAUUUCCUUUGUAUUUUUGCUUACUUGUUGUUUGGUGAUUGUAAGUACAGUAGUUUAGAGAGUGACAAUUUGGUAAUGUAUGAGAACACCGCUAUCACUAGAAGUUGUUUGAUUUAGUUAAUUGUUGGCGAAUAAUGAUGAUUGCGCUGCCGACGCGUUAUUUGUUUUCAUCUUUAUAUUCUUACUAUAUAUUAUCCUAAAAUACUUAGAAAGAACACGAAACAAACCUUUGAAAACCUUGCCUAACGUUUCUUAACUUGUAAAAAUGCUAAGAAUCACUUUUGAGUUUAUGGAUCCCUCCUCAUCUGAGCACCAAGAACAACACCAUCACUUACUAAACCCGAAAACAACGCCAUCACCUUUUAUACACCAAAAACAUGAAUAAGAUAAGCAGUAAGCAGCCAGGAAAAUGGGGUCAACAGUCAAGUCAGUCGCUGACAAGCUUCGACAGCUGGAUGCCUACCCCAAGACUCAGGAAGAUUUUCAAAUUAAGACCCUCUCAGGAGCUGCUGUGGCCAUUGUGGCGGGCAUAAUCAUGGCAUUGCUCUUCCUUUCGGAGCUUUACGACUACCUCACACCAAAACUAGCAGAAGACCUGUUUGUUGACACUACAAGAGGAAGCAAACUAAGGAUCAACUUAGAUGUCAUUUUUCCCAAUAUUCCCUGCAACAUGUUGAGUCUAGAUGCCAUGGAUUUGAGUGGGGAGCAACAUGUUAACAUUCACCACAACAUAUAUAAGCGCAAACUUGACUUAGAUGGCCGACCUAUUCAAGAUCCAGAGAGACAAGAACGAAUUGGUCAUGCAGUAAAGGAAGAUGUGAACGGUACUCAAGAAAACAAUGUCGUACAAACAACAGCAGCCCCAAAGUGUGGAAGUUGUUAUGGGGCAGAGUCUGAAAAAGACCAAUGCUGUAACACUUGUGAAGAUGUUAAGGAUGCAUAUCGCACUAAAGGGUGGGCUUUGCCACCUCUGAAAAACAUAAACCAGUGUGUGAAAGAAGGCAAAUUAGUAGAGUCAUCUGAACUGCCUGAUGAAGGGUGUCAGAUAUAUGGCUACUUGGAAGUGAACAGGGUAGGUGGAAACUUUCACCUUGCUCCUGGCAAGUCAUUCCAACAUAAUCAUCUACACAUUCACGAUGUACAACAGUACAGAACAGCAGACUUUGACCUCUCCCAUCGUAUCCGGCACCUAAGUUUUGGUGUGAACAUACCUGGGAAAACAAACCCCAUUGAUGGCACAGAACUUAAAACAGAGAAAGGACCAAAAACAAUUAACUACUACAUUAAGAUAGUCCCCACCACAUAUGAAAAAGUUGAUGGGUCAACACUUUCUACGAACCAAUUUUCAGUGACCCAGCAUCAGAAGAACAUUCAGAUGGGGAUGGGUGAAACAGGACUUCCAGGAGUGUUCUUCACUUAUGAAUUGUCACCUAUGAUGGUCAAAUAUACUGAGAAACACAAAUCUCUUGGACAUUUCUUGACUGGAGUUUGUUCAAUCAUCGGUGGUGUGUUCACUGUGGCGGGGAUUAUUGAUUCCAUCAUCUAUCAUUCCCAUCGUGCGCUCCAACGUAAAAUUGAAAUUGGAAAGGCAACGUAGAAUAACAUUUGAUUUUAGGUUCUACAUGCAGGUACAGUUGUGCUCUCUGAAUAUUUUAAUAUUUACUCAUCAUGAUUAAUUUGAGGACCUUGUGCAUCAGUAUUUUAGUUUAAACUUUUUUCUUUACAAAGAAAUAUCAAACUCUAUCAAGAUUUAUUAUAGCAAUACAAAUCAAAUGUCUUCAGUAUAUUGUUAUUUGUGUAGUAUAUAUUUUAAAUGAUAAAAUUAUUGAAACUUUACAGCAUGAAGAAUCAGAUCUAUAUGACCCACUUUCGUUUUUUACAAUAUUACGAGUGGAAAUAUAUGUGUGUAUGUUAACAAAGAAAGUAAUGAAAGAUGAAUUCAAAUUGUCUCCUCUAUAUUUGUAGGGCUGGUCAUGGGACAUCUUGGGCUGUAAUGCUACAGUGCCCAUGCCUAAGGAAUUCCCACUUUUCUCAACUGUGAUGGGAAAGGAUGUAGGAAAUGGGAAAAUUGUUUGCCAUGUGCUAUGUCCUUUUCAAGUCUAACAUAAAGAGCACAGUCAGCACACAUCUUCAAUGUCUAUUCUCAUGAGUAUUACUUUAUUAUGAAUUUACUUAAUAUCUGCUGGAGCAUUUCACAUAAUUUUUUUUUCUCCAAAUGACUCAAAGUAUUAUGAUUAUAUAGAGAUACUGUAUAAGAUUUGUUGCGAUUUAAUAUAUUUCUUAUUUAUUAAGGCUACAAUAUACAGUACAUACCAAGAUUGUUACACUUAAGAUGCUAUCUGUCAAAUAUUCUGUUUUAAAUUCUUUCAGCAUGGCUUUCAAGAAGGCAUUUUUUGUAGUAAGAAUUCUAGGGUUUUACAGGAAUAGCUUGGAAAUGUUAGUGAUGUAUUGUGUGAAAAGCUGUUCCUCAUUGUUUUAUUUUUUCAUACUACUGUAUGGGAAAAUUCAUUUUUUUUUUUAUGGAAUGAAUCUGAUGUAUACUGUAUAUAUUUGAAAAUUGAAUAUUUAAUACUUGAAACCCUGUGUAACCUCAGAUUUGUCAUUUAUGAGAGUCACUGAUUACGUUAUAUAUCAGUUUUAUUUUUAUUAUUUUUAAUUGUUUAUUGAAGCCAGUGAAUUAAACUUGUCUGGAAGGAAUCUUCAUUUUAUGAAUGGCAACCCAGUUAGAAAUAGUGGAAAGUGACUGUUGAGAGAUUUUGAUGUCUGGAGGGUGGAAAAUGGCUGUAAAACUUUGAUGACAAUGUGAUAAGGAAAGAUCUGUAGAUAUAAUAUUUGUCUUCUCCCUGGCACUUAAAAUCUUGGUGUUGGUUCUUGUGCAAUGAUAAAGUUGUCUGUCUUUUUAUUAUGAAGGAAUGUGUUAGGAGACUGGUAUAUUCUCUGUGGUGGAAAACUUUUCCCUGAAUUUGUUUGGAGUAAUUGAUUUGUUUUUUGACUGUUACAUAUCAAUUUAGUGUCUUAGAAUAAAUUAUCUGUGGAGAUGUGUGCUGACUAAAGUGUAUAGAGAAAAUUUCUCUUCAGUCCACUUUAUUUUAAAUGUGAGAAGUUACACAAGAAGAUGUGUAAUAGUGGAGCGACAUAGCAAAUCUAUUGUGCAUUUUGUGAUAAAGGUACCAAAAUUGGCACACUUAUUGACUUAGAUAAUGAAGAAAUCUGGAUAUGGUGCCACUGCAUAUUUUGCCCCCGACAACCGUGGCAGGCAUUUUCCAAAAUGGUGGUCAGAAAACUAUGGUGGCAUCCAGAAAAGUCACUUCAAGACUUAUUGCUGGACUAAAAUAGUCGCAGUUGAAAUAAUCAGGUGCUAAAAGACAAGGACAAAGAAGAUAAAUAAAAAUUAAACAUGGUUUUAUUACGUCAUUGGUGAAUACAGUAUGUGAAUUUGCAAGUAGAGUGAGUUGUGGAGCAGUAUUCACCAAUCUGGGAAGUCAAUGAUGGGAGCACAGUUCUUCACACACACACAGACACACACACACACACAGUACUGUGCAUUCAAGUGCAGCCUUUUUGCACUUGCAGCCCUUCACACAUCCCUUCUUGCAUCUGCACGAGACUAGCUCACAACAGGUGUGGGCAGCUUCAGGUAGUGUCAUCCAAAACGGCAUGUACAAGCCUUCUGCAUUCUUCAUCCAGUCCCAGCUGGUUGGUGGAGGCAGCUGUGGUGAUGGUACCAGGGUUUGGCCCCAGACAUGAACCCCCUGGUAGGCUGCCCUUUUGACAUGCUCCUCUAAGGCUGCCUUUAUUGGUGGGAUAACCUGCACAUUUUUCUUUUGGGCGAAUAGGUUCCUUCAUGCCUUGUUCAUGUCCAUGCAUGAGCUGGUUCUGUCAUGCAGGAGGAUAACGAAGCUCCUGAUGAGGUGCAUGAUAUCCUCUGGUAUGACUUUUGAUGCAGCAGAAAGCUUCAGCAGUGCCUCUGUCAGAUCUGGGUAGACAGCCCAUAUUGCCCAGGCAGUCUUUUUACCAUGACCAGAAAAACUGGACACAGUGUCGCACCCUGUCAGGGCAUGGAACAUAGGCAGUGCUCGCGUCUUCUCUGGUCUCAGACAUGCUGCCAUUUUGUGGGCUGCAAGAUAGCGGAAACUCUUGCCAGUGCCAAAUGCCACUCACAGUUCAUCUUCUUUGUGAAUCCCUUGGACCACUGAGACAGCCAAAACCAUGACAACUGUGUCCACAGUCCGGAUCAGCAUCUUAUGGUGGCCAUGCUGGGCUGCAGCAACAUGCGACUGUCUGCUUCUUCGUGAUUGCAUGGGGCGAUCGAUGCCAGAUCAGGGAGCACUAGCUUGCUAAGGACUGCCUGUCCAUCGGUGAUGACAAGCUGCUUGUCUUCCUUGUCAAACCACGUGAGGAGGGGGUCUGACAGGAACUUGAACAGCUCUGUCUUGUUGCUGUCCACCCUGAGGAAGUUCUGCCAGUUUUCUGGUAUGGUAACUGAACCCACCACACGUUUGCGGACUCCUUGUCCACAUUUUGCUCUCGUUGUACAUUACAGUGAAUGAGCAACAUACCUGUCAAACACCAGGUCAAGCCGUGAUGCAGUUUGAAGCUUUGUUGACAUACAUGGGAUGGAGACCUCCUGGGCAUAUUCCUCAAAGUCCUUGGCUGCUGCUGGUUUGAGCAUCUGGAGAACUACACUGGUGGCAGGAGGAGCUUCUGUUUGGGCAACAGAGAGAUCCCCUAAGCAUACAAGGAGGUCACUCUUCGUACAUAGACGGACGCUACCUCCAGCAGAGAGUGCAGGAGGACAUGCUUGAUUUUUGUGGCGAAAGAAUUCUUCAAGGUUUCCAUCCCUUGUCUGACAGCCAAUAUACAGUUGCGAGAAAAGGCUCACGUCAUGCUUGAGAGAGGCCAGCUGCUCCUUUCCUUUGCUUCCCUCACUUGAGAUAGAAGCACUGAACACCUUCAGCCUGUUUCGAUGAAGAAUAGUAUCGACAGACUUGGUUCCUUCCAUCAGACGUUCUCUGGUGAAGGUCUGGAACUGGUCUUGGCCAAUGCUCUUUGCAUUUCUGACAGUCUCAGCUACAGAAGAACUGGCAAUCUCCUUGGUGUGAAGGGCCACCAGAUCCAGGCUUUCCUCCUCAAAAGGGUUACCAAGCUCAUCUAUCACACUGACAUCUGAGUGGACAUCUUUGAUGAAUGAAGUUUGCACACUGGGAAUCUGGUCAUGAUGGUAUUCAUUUUAGUAAUGAUCACCCCCACCACUACAGACAACAACAACUCCAGUGCAUAAAUUGUAGCAAUCAGACGGUUAACAUACUGUUUAAUUAGACUAAUUAGUUUAAUUACUAUUAUUAUUUCUAUACAAUUAUAAUAAAAUACCCUGUAAGUCACUUAGUAGUUUUAGUUCUUUUGCAGUGAAUUAAACUCCACUGUCAACAUACACAGUCACACCCAGCGGGGCAAUUCAGUAAUUGUUAGUGGCCAUUUUGGAUAAUGGUUGCAACGACUGUCAGCAGCUAAAUCUGCAGUGGCACCAUAUCCAGAUCUGUUCACUAUAUAAUAAUCAACAUGUGUGCCAAAUUUGGUGCUUUUAUCACAAAAUGCACAAUUGGUUAAAAUAGUGAGGUUAUGCCUCCCGACUACAAGGAUGUGUUGGAAAAUUAAAUAAGCAUACAGCUGCUCCUCGACUUACGACGGGGUUAGGGACCCAAAUCCAGGUCGUAAGUCGAAAAUACUUAAUACAUAGAAAAUCUGAAGUGGGUGUCUCUUUUUCUUCUCAGCACCGCAAAA